CGUUUGUACGUUGUUGACACAAUUGCGCACAUGCGAGUGACAUGGCGUCGUUGAUCGAAGAACUGAAGACGAAGACAACAGAAGAAUUGUGUGCUUUCCUUCGGGAACAGGACAUUUCCGAUGAUGUCAUCGAGAAAUUUGAGAGUGAAGGUAUUUGUGGUGAAGUGCUACCUCUGUCUUUAACUGAAUUAAUGGAACUCGCACCUCGUAUCGGCCCUCGUCGAAUAUUGCAGAAAAGGAUUCCUCAACUUCUAGGAUAUGUGAAUGCAGAAUUGGACGAUGCUUCCAUGCAUCCCAUCAAGAGCAACAGUUACACUGACAGUACCUCUACAAGUUCAAAACAAGCAUCCUCUAGCAUGGCAAGUGCAAGUAGUAGUGCACAGAGUGCUGAAGAUGAAGUUGCUUCUCAGGAGUCUCCUGGAAAAUCAUCUGAUGAAACAGUGAUGUUGGAUGACUCAGAUAUCUGCGGGACCUUGAAGCUGGUGUAUCCCUGUGAACUACCAAGAUUCUCCAAGGUAGUGCUUCGUGCUCUUCGUAAUGGUGAUGUCUACAAAGAGUGGGACCUAUUUGUGAGAGAAGCUGCCAUCUUCUACUUGCCUGAUAUGCCAUCAUCAGAUGGCCUCGCACGGAUCGCCUACCACAACAUUGGAAGAAGCAUGUUUGAGAAGUAUCCGUGCAUCAAAAGUGCUGGACAAAAUGCAUGGUCACACUUCAACAAGUGUUUGAGUUCAAAGAUCCGGUGGGAACGCCAAAAGCGGCAGAAGGUACAGAAGCGCAAAGCAUCUUCCACCAGUGUUUCCACCAUGAGUAAGCGAAAUGCACCAGCAACAGCUACAUGCCCACAAGGAUCGCCACCAACACCAGAAACACCAGCCACUGCUUCACCAGCACCAGCAAUUCCCUCUGUAGAAGUCCCAUUCAGUGAGCCGAUCUCUGAAGAGGUUUAUUCGGCACAUGUUGCUGAAAUUCAGAGAGUGUUCAACAACUGCCAAAAGAAAGACGGUGCAUGUACUUCUUCGAUGAAUGCCCACAUGAACAAACUUCUCAGGGAGACCUUUCCCAAACGGAGACAAAUCAUAAACAGCCCUGAACCCAUGAACACAUUGCAACUUGUGGAUCAACUGUGGACUGACUUCCCUUGUUUGAAAUUUGAAACUUUCUUUCUGGAAGAGAUCAGAGGUAUGAACCUUAACCUGGAGACAUACUACAACCUCCACUACUCUGAAGUUUUGGGACACCUUGGUGACCUGUAUGGUAUACCUCAUGAUACGGAUUAUGACCAGUUCCUCAUCUGGCAAGAGACUGAGAACAGAUUGAACAAGAGAGGAAAGAAUCUCAAACUGAUCAAGGGAGUGGAGAUGCACACCCAGGGUCAAACCAAGAAGGGCAAGGGGACGGGGGUGUUCUUCAUUUUUGAGGAAGGGUUCCUAUAA